UUCACGUGAACAUGUACAUGUGAUGUGAGUUCUUAAAUAAGAUUUGAGAGUCCAGACAUAUGACCCCAGAGAAUUAAUCGCCCUCCUCUAUAUAUUUACUUGCUUUGAAACGCCAACCGCCCUCCACAAGAGCGAUCGCAACACCCGCCUCCAUGGACGCCCCCACCUUCCACCGCCACACCCGCCAGCAGCCGGAGCUCGCGAACGCGGGCGGAGGUCAGAUAUUGGAGAGCCCAAAGGAGCCGAUGGAGUUCCUGUCGAGGACGUGGAGCGUGUCGGCGCUCGAAGUGUGCAAGGCUCUCGCUCGUCACCAUCAUCAUUCUUCUUCUUCUCCUCCUCCUCCCACCUCUGCCGUCACUCCUUCCAUGACUUCUUGCAAGUCCGUCAAUGUCUCCUCAUGCGCGACUCCAAUAAUUAAAGAAGAGCUGAUGAUCAACGAAGAGCCCAUCGUCGGUGUCGAGGAUUUCGCGAGCUCUCUCCCUUCGAAUCAUCGCUUCUCAUUCAAUUCCACCGCCACUUCGCAGCUCGUUCUCGAGCGCAUAAUGUCUCAGUCGGAGGUGUCGCCAUUGACGUCCGGGAGGCUUUCUCAUAGCAGCGGCCCACUGAAUGGCGGCGGCGGCGGCUCUUUGGCGGAGGACAGCCCUCCCGUUUCUCCACCUGAUGACUUUGACGACAUCGUUGAGUUCUUCCGCUCCCACAACACUCUGCAACCGCUGCUCACAGGCGGCCGCUCUGUCGCUGCCGCCAGCGUCACCACGCCAGGCGGGGGGAGAACGGUUGGGAGGUGGUUGAAGGACAGGCGAGAGAAGAAGAAAGAGGAGGCCCGAGUCCAGAAUGCGCGGCUUCACGCCGCUGUUUCCGUCGCCUCAGUGGCAUCGGCAGUAGCAGCGAUCGUGGCUGCCACAGCGGCCUCCUCUUCUUCAAGAAAGGAUGAGGAGGCGGCAAAGACCGACAUGGCGGUGGCUUCGGCGGCCACACUGGUGGCAGCACAGUGCGUGGAGGCCGCAGAGACCCUGGGAGCCGAGCGCGACCUUCUGGCUUCCGUUGUGAGCUCUGCCGUCAACGUACGUUCGCACGACGACAUCACGACUUUAACUGCUGCUGCAGCAACAGCUUUACGUGGAGCAGCAACCCUUAAGGCUAGAGCGAUGAAGGAGGUGUGGAAUAUUGCAGCAGUGUUGCCCGUGGAAAAGGGGGUCGGGAUCGGAUGCGGUGGUAAAGCCGAUAGAAGGGCCAGCCAUCCUAGCUUCGGUAAUGGUGGCGAACUCGUUGCGGCUGGAGAUAACUUUCUCGGUGUCUGCAUCCAGGAAUUUCUUGCCAAGGGCACCGAGCUUCUCAAGCGCACCCGUAAAGGUGAUCUUCACUGGAAGAUUGUGUCUGCGUACAUAAACCACACCGGCCAGGUUAUCCUGAAGAUGAAGAGCAAACAUGUUGCUGGAACCAUAACCAAAAAGGACAAGAAUGCCAUUGUGGAAGUGUACAAGGAUGUGCCCGCUUGGCCAGGAAGGCAUGUCUUCGACGGCGGUGAGCAACGCCGCUACUUCGGGCUCAAGACGGCAACACGGGGCGUCGUGGAGUUCGAGUGCAAGAAUAGACGGGAAUACGAGAUCUGGACACAAGGUGUAUCAAGGCUUCUGUCCAUGGUCGCUGAAAGAACGAGCACCUCUUGAACUCAGCUUGAAUGUUCACAACGGGAAGCUUUUGAUCUUCAAUUAGCCAUUUCCCAAUUUUCACUUUCUGCUUGAGGUUUACUUAUCC